AUGGCUAGCAGACGCGCGGGCGAAGAUCUUUGCAGGUCCCGCUCAGGCCACAAGGGCGCCAUGGAAGAGGGGCCAGACGAUGAGCUGUUGCCCAGGGUGCCCAGUGCCGCGGCAUCGGAAAGUGGCGAGCUUUCACAUGCUCUGCUCCUGACCUUCAUGCAGGGCUUGGACAGGAACAUCAAGAUGGAAAUGCAGAGUGUGAAGGACGACCUGAAGAAAGUCGAGUGCAAGGCGGGCCAGGCCAUCGCGGAUGUACCAGGACCGAACCCAUUGCGGCGGAAACCCGACAAGUCGUCCAGGAUGCUGCUGCGGUAUUGA